GCUAUUUCUGUUUUUUGAGGUUCGUCUUUUUUUUUCUUUCUUCUUCUUUAAGCAUCAAACCCUUUUGUAUAUACAGUCGACUGAGUAUGUCCAUCAUAUAAUUUCACCAACUACUUUCUUGAUUUUGUAGCAAAUUCAUAUAAUCAUAGCCUAGAAGCUGUUUUAAUUCCGACCGUAGUUGGUAUCUAGUUAAGAUUAAAAAAGAGGGUGAUAAUUGUCAUAAAGAAUUUAUAUAUAGUCCAACCCCAACUCCUAAUUGAUUACUGGUAGGGUUGCUCUUUGUUCCAAUUUGGAGUAAAUGAAUUCAUGUCAUUGGGGUUAAAAAGGAAAGGGCUUGAGAAAGAAAAGGUUACUUUUCUUGUUUGUAAAGCAAAGUGGAGGUCGAAUAUUAGGGUACAAGCUUAGUAGGGGUAGAGUUUUGUUUUGUCUUCUGAAAGUUUGAGCUUGUUAGUAUCCAUACUUGUAGUUCUUGCCAUAUGUAGUUGAGUUAUAAAAGGUGGAAGAAAAUGAUAAAAAGGCGGUUUUACAAGCUUGAACAUGGUGAUAGAGAUGCUCCUUCGCAGUCCUCUUCAUCCUCCGACUCUGAAUUUGAGGCGGAGGAAACAGAAGACGAACAGGAGGAGGAGGAAGAGGAAGAGCAGGAUGACAAUGACGUAAAGGAAGAGGAUGAUGGUGUUGCUCGUCUGACAGGGGGAAAUGAAUCUUCUUCGGGAUAUGAGAGUGAAGAUAGCUCUUUCAAUGAAGUUAAUCUUGACUCAUCAGGUCUUCCAACGAGUGAUGAAGAUGUUACAACUCUAAAGGACACCAAGUUUGAUGGUGAAAGUUAUUUGUCUGAAAAGGUCGUUGCAGAAUCAGAUAUUAUGCAGAAAAGUUCUAUACCCGAAGAGGAUGAGAUUCCAAGUGAUGCUUCAGAUUAUGUCUUGAAAUGUAAAUCAGUUUAUAAGUGCAGGCUGUGUCCUAGAAUCGUCUGCUUGACUGUUCAGACUCUAAUUGCUCAUCUUAAAUCCAAAAGGCAUGCCCGCUCUGUAAAGUUGUUGAAAGAAGGGAGGCUUAAACUUAUGCUUAAUGAAGACGGAAGAAUUGAGGGAGAAAUUCAUCCUGAGGUGGAGGAUAGCCCAGUUAGAGAACAGAAUCCCUCAGCAUCAAAGAAGAAAAGCAAAGGACUGAAAAGGCAACUUAGGGAGAAGAAGUAUAAGAAUAAGGAAAACUUUCUGCCCGUGGAGAACACUGUAGAGUCGAGAAGGAACCGUUCCAGGAAGAGGCAGAAAAACAAGUAAAAAACAUAGUUAGAUCUCGCUAUAUAUGCAUUGAGCAGGAAUCUUUGCUACAAGACGUUAGAAGAAAAGGAACUACAUGUCUGAUAGGGGCUGGAAUUAGUAGUUUGCCCAACGAUGUCACCCAAAAUCUCGAAUUUCUUUUUUCAAUUUUUGAUCUGAGAGAGCAAUUUUGUACUUGGAUGUUGGAUCUAAAGCUUUGUUUUUCUAGUUAGUGCAUGGCAAAGAUAUGACAUGCAUUUCAAAACCUUUUGUCAAAUCUGUUCUGUAAAAUGAAGUAAAUUUCUAAGUUAUAUUUCUGAAGAUGUUAUGACUACAUACACAGAAACAACCUUUCUUCAA